ACCUGUGCUGUCAUUCUCUCAGUUUUCCAGGAUGUCACCUUCCAUCUGAAGUUCUGGUUCAGGUCCAGCCUCACACGCUCCUCACAGCUCAGCUGAUCCCGGCUCCUCCCACCUCCUGGUCAAUAAGAACGGCAGGAGGAGGCGGCUCCUCGCCUCCUCGCCAUGUUUCCUCUGCAGCUCCUGGCACUGCUUUUCAUCUCCUCCACGGCUCCUCAGCAGAGGAGGAAGGAGAAGAAAGAAGAAGAGGAGGAGGGGAGGAAGAGCAAGCAUGACUUAACAUUCCAGAGAGGAGACCUGCUGGAGGUCCCGCGGACUCUCUUCACGCACUUUGGGAUCUACUUGGGAGGAGGAAGAGUGGCUCACUUCAUCCCGGACAUCAUGCCCGUCGUCUCCGGCGACCAUUUCCAGAUCAAGCAGAUGGUCACCAACACCAGACUCAUCCUGGGAGUUCUGGCGAAGUGUGGCAGUGUGAGGGUGGACUCUGUGGAGGAUUUUGCCUAUGGAGCAGAGAUCCUGGUGAACCCCAUGGACAAGAUGUGCAGCCGGGCGGCGCUGCCGGGUGAGGAGGUGGCUCAGAGGGCAGAGAAACUGCAGGGGGAGGUUCCUUACAGCCUGCUGUGGUACAACUGCGAGCACUACGUCAUGUACUGCAGAUAUGGCACCGUCAUGAGCUUCCAAACCUUCCAGUUCUGUAAAACUCUCAGGUCUCUGCUGCUGAGUCGGCGUGUUGCUAAGGCGACGGCAGUGCUGGGGGCGUGUCUUCUGCUGUACCUGAAGACGGUGAACACCUGGAGCAUCCUGCUGGCUGUCUUGGUGCCGUUCCUCAUCUGGAUGGCCUCCUGAGCUCACACCUGCAAGAAUAAAAACCCAUGAAAAAUCAGUCACCGAAACAAGGAGAGCGGCUCUUUAAAAGUAGAGCGAGUCUAAAACACCACUUUGAUUGAGUAAAGGUGUCAGAUUAUUGGUUUUAUUUUCAUCAAUUAUUAUCAUUCAUUCAUUCAGGAACUGUAAAUAAAUUAUCUGCUAAGAUUUUAAUUUUGUAAAUAUUGCUUUUUUUGUUCUAAAAAACGAUUUAAUUCAUUCACAAAACUUUUUUGAUUAUAUUAAUUUAAAUGUAUUAAAUUGGAUAACAAUUUUACCAGGCAAUAAGGGGGCUUUACCUUAAUUUAAUGUAUCUUUUGUUUCAUAUUCUAUUUUAUAAAUAAUUUAUUUAACAAAUCUAUCUUUCAUAUUAUUAAAGACGUUC